AGGUGAAAUGCAAAUCGAACGAUUGCCAAAAGGCGGACAAAGGUAAGAUUAUAUAAUGAGUUGGUUGGGAACUAACGUGUCAUCUUGCCUUUAUCAAUUUGGCAAUAUGUAACUGCAAUCCCUGAAAUAUAGGUCCAAAGGUUUACUAACUACAAAUUGCAAUAGAAAACACAAUAUUUAGCCUAUAUUUUUUUUACUGCAUUAUCAUCAUGAAUCAGUGAGAAAUUCUCUUUUUCCACGCACUUGCAUGUGUCCAAAAACGAUUACCGAACGUUGUAGCCACAAGCCUCCAGCGCAGUCGUAUAAGCUUCUUUAAUUUAAAAGCCGCAAAAUUUUUAAAAGCUACAACUGAAAAUGGCUUGUAUAGUGGAUUCCCUUUUUAUUUAAUUUAAACAAAGAUAAUCGUUCAAAUUACUGUUCUAAAAAGAAUUGUGUUAUUAAAAGACUGUAUAAUUGUAAUUAUAAUAAAAAGGUUAUGAAGUAGCGCAAUAACUAUAGCUAUGUUUAUUAUACUUCCUCUUUAAAAUCGCCAUUUCUUUUUAUCUUCUGUCAAUUAGCGGUCCGCCAGUCUUGGUUUUGUUGUCAGUUGUAUUUGGAAUUUGAUUGUAUAAUAAAACUGUUAUUAUAGUUUCGACUUCAUGCAAUUAUUGGAUUCGGCUUCAUAACGUUGGUCUUAAUUGAUCUGGACAAUUAUCUGAACAGUUAUUUUUUUAAACAAAACAAGUGCUUAUUGACUUUUAUAAAGGGUCCUUACUCCUUAAAUUUUCCGUUCAAAAAUUUAUGUUUUGUUCUUGUAUUCAUCAUUGCUCUUUCGGCAGUAUUGUUUUCAAAAAUAUAUUUUUUCUACAGUUUAAAUAUUAUAAAUAUAUAUUUGCAUGCUAACCUGUAAACAAUUGCUGGGAGUUUUUCCAUUGUGAUUUUUCCUGUUAAGGCUAUAAGAAGCGAAUAACUUGCUGUUUUCUUGUUUACAAAACUCCAGUAAUUAUUGAGCCGCCAAUUGUUUUCACGACUAGCAUGCAGGAUAUGAGCUAAUAUCCUGCCAUGCAUGCAUGCAGUAUAGAGAACCAAUGACAUUGCAUGUAUAUCAGAGGAAGGUUGUAAGAAGAAAAAAAAGAAGAAAAAAAGUAUAUAUAGAAUACCCAGAGAAAACACGCAACUUUCGGGCUUUUGACUCACCCUUUUCAAAAAGUGGUCACAGGUCCCCACUCCCAGCGGAAGUCGAACCGAUUAUCUCAGGUGUACAAAACAGUGCUUUGAUGAUUGCGCCACCAAUACACCUGUCGGUAUGGCGUAUAAUAGUUGUAAAACAGAGAGCUUAAUUAAGCAAGCGAAAUUAUCGAUUCUCGAAAAAGGCGACAGCAGUUCUUGGAUGUCAGAAAUUCUGAACGUGAAAUUAUUAAUAUACAUUAACUGUCAUAAAACUGUCAUUUAAAAAAGAUUUAGAUUUAAAAAGAUCAUAUAAAAUUUAGAUUCGUGUCAGAUUAAGAUUGGAUUAUGGUUAGGGUUAGAGCCAGGAUUAGUUUAAGAUUAGAGUUCACUUAAUUUCGUUAGGUAUCCGACACCUAUUUUACCGCAUAGUGAUCAACAACAAAUAACACAAUAUAAUACAAACCACAAUCCAGAGAACAUGCCCUAUAAUUUUAGAAAAUUAUAUACAAUUUAAUAAAACGCCCGGAAUACAAAUCUUCAACUCUGUGAGACCUUUUGAUUAUUUUCAAUUUUUCCUCUUUUCUCAGAAUCAAAGUGCAAAGUGAAUUAUAAUGCAUCCCGUAUCAUGAUGACUUGGGAAGACGCAAAAACGUAUUGCUCAACGCUUAACGAAUCCUUACUUGAUUUCACUGACGCCGAAGAUUUACAAUAUAUUAAGAAUAUAAGUGCAUCUGAUCUCAUGUGGAUAGGACUUAAGAAAAAUGCAUUUAACCUCACUGGAAUAUUGGCAAACGUAGAUGAUUUGUUCAAAGUUGGAGUGUGUGAAUAUGCCGAUAUCAACGGACAAUUAAUUCGGAAUAGUUCAUGCACUGACAAAUUACUGUCAUCAGUUUGUGUGAAACCAUCAGGUAAACCUGAAAAUAUAGCCUAUAUAUAUGUUUGUUUUAAGUAACUUUGCCGCAUAUCAAGUCUGAAAACUUGUAGUAAAAAACAAUGUAGCUUAUCAUCUGUGCAGGACGUUUUUCAGAAUAGAAUUUGCUGAACACUUUAGUUGCUGUUUGCAUAAAGGUUAACUGAAAAACUCAAGUUACAUGAUUAUAGAUUCAAAAUAUUUAAAAUUAGAUUUGAUUCCUUAAAUAUGUAUAAAAUUAGCUUGAAAGCCCCUUUUGUCUAAAAUAUAAGCAAACAGGGAAGAAUUCGUGCAAGGAUAACUUCGUCAAGAAAAGUGUUUUAAAAACUGUGUCCAAAUCUCUGCAUGUCUGUAUGAAAUAAGUAAUAAAAAGUUGUGUCCGCAAAAUGCAUGCAGGAAUUUAAGCCCCAGAAUCUUAUAAUAUGAAAAGAUUCGGGGGUGGACCUCUACAGGUUUGCGUGCAUGCACUUUCCAAUUUCUACUAUUCCUUGUUAGUUCCCUUUUCAGUUAUCUCCCACUUUUGACUUUUCCACUCGUUAAAGAUAAGGCUUUUUUAAAAAGGCCCUGUACUUUUCUAGGUUUAUGCAAAAAUAUGCAAUGUAGCUACAUGCAUGCAGGUUGUUGGUCCUCGCAUGCAUGCGUGCUGUAUGUAUCUUCGUCAACUAGCCAAUGUCAUUGUCCAUGUCAUUAUGUUGGUCAAAUAUCACCAGAUAUAACCAAAUAAUAACCUGCUAUAGUAGGAAGUAAGAUAAAAUACUAAACCAGGAUAUUUGACCAAGAAUAUCAAGUUAACCCCAAACUAUAGGCCUACUGUUAUUUCUAGGUUAAUUAACCAGGAAAAUCUUAACCAGGAUGUCUUUAGAGUGUAAUUAUAUGUGUCAUUUCGUUAUUAGCUAAUUGUAAAUAUCGUUCGAAAAGAAAUAACAGCCGAUGUUGCCGACCAGUAUACGACAGAAUGACCUACUUUGGUGCAUUCGCUCACUGCAAAAGAUUAAGUACCAAAAUUUAUGCAGGCAAUUUUUCCAAUUGCAAAGAUACACUUUUUAAUACCUCUCAUAAUUUGGAAACGCCAUUGGUUUGGACAGGGAAGCUCUACGAAAGUACUAUUGAUGCACGUGCUAAAUGGACAUGGCUGAAUGGUAGCUUAUUCAAAGAAUGGAAUAAAUGGGAAAUAAUAAUUACUGAUGUUGGUUGCAAUGGUUGUAGUUUUGUGAGAAAUGGGACAAUUUAUCUAACUUCAAACUGUUCACAAAAUUUUUCUUGCUUUUGUAACAGUUCAGAUUGGGUUGGUAAGUUUGGAAACCGUAGUUGUAAAAUUGUUUCAAUUUUUUAACGUAACACUAAAGUAUAGAAUGUUAUAAAAUAUGGAUGUAAUGAAAAAAUUUUCUUAGCUACUGUAUUUUAUGAACAAAGUGAAAAAUAACCAAGACUUUGGAAAUGGGUGACGAAUCAUGACAAAUAUACUUUGCAUGAACUUAUAGUUUCUGUUCUAUGAUAGUGCAGACGCGGUGGACGGAAAAUUUUUAUCUUUGUUUUGGGCAGUGGCGUAAGUACUAUGGGCUCGGACCGGGCGAAUCCGGGGACCCCCAACCCCAAUGGGCCAAAUGGGAGGCCCCAGGCUCAGGCUGUAGGGCAAAAACAUUGGUCAGUGCCUCUGAUAUGUUACAAUGUCAUUUUCUGACCAUCAGAAUUCUGUAAAAUCUCUCCCCAAAGUCCGGAAAAUGGCAUUUCAGAGAGUCUAGAUUGAAAACUUUUCCGGUUGAGCAUGCCCGAACCCCUAGAAAACUCGUUCAUAUAUACGGGUGCUCAACUCGUGCCUUUGGCACUUCUACUAGGGGGGCCUUCGAAAAUUUUGAACCGGUGGCCCCCUGAUAGGCCUAUAACGUUACGCCACUGGUUUUGAGAAUAAAAAAAUCAGGCGCAAAAUUCUGCAUAUCACAAUCCAAUUAUUAAUGGACUAAACCACAAAUAACCAACGUCAUUUUAUUAGAGAUUUACUGUAAAAACUGAGUAGAUAGUACCUAUUGGUUCGUUGUUUUAACAUGCAAUGUCUUUUUACUGCAUAGUGAGCCGAAACUGGUUAAGGUUACUUCACACGAUGAACGUGCGUUUUAGUCUAUUGAACAUGGCGCAACGAAUUUUAAGUGUAUCUUUACCAAAUAUUUUGUGAAGAAAGCCAAUAAAAUGCUGAUUUCGAAAAUCCUCAUUUGAUGGGUGUUCUGUUUAAACAUGCCCAGUAUUGGCUGACUAAAGAAAUAUAUAAGUAUCCCAUAAAAAAAAUCAAAAUAUAUUUAUAGUUUAAUUUCCUCAACGUUUGUCUACAUAUAUCGACUUGAAUCUUCAUAGGCACGGUAAAAAAAAACGUGUGCGGCAAAUUUCUCUUCUUCAAUGGUUUUUCUGAUAUGACGUUUUCUUUGAGAACUUCGUGAAUUAUCAGUGACAAAUCCAAGAAUCAGGGCAUAUCAGAAAAACCACUAAAGAAGGGAAAUUUUCUGCACACGUCUUUUUUACCAUGCCUAUGAAGAUUUGAAUUGCGAUAUCUAGACAACCGUUGAGGUAAACUAUAAACAUAUUUUUAUUUUUUAUGAAGGUACCUACAUAUUUACUCAGUCAGCCAAUACUGAAAAUGUUUAAACAGAACACCCAUCAAAAGAAAAUUUUCGAAAUCAGCAUUUUCCUGGCUUUCUUCACUGAAAAUUUGGUAAAGUUACACCUAAAAUUGGUUGAGCAAUGUCCAAAAGACUAAAACGCACGUUCAUCGUGUGAAGUAACCUUAAGCUGAAGAGCCCAGUUAAUUAUUUUAUGCACUCUGUAUAUCCUAUUCAUGAAAGGCAUAUAAUAUUAAAUAUAACAAUUGCAUGUUGUUCACUUGUUUGUGAUGUUACUUUGAGUAAUCCAAAAAUUUUUUAGAACCACUGAGUAUUUUAAUAAAAUACAAAACAAGUGAAACUCCAAAAAUCGAUAACAUAGAAAUGUUAUCGAUUUUUUGGAGUUUCACGUGUUUUGUAUUUUACUCUGAGUGUAUAUCCACACCGGAGAAGUCGAAAAAUGUGCCCAGCCACGGUGGGAAUUGAAUCUACGACCUUUGUAAUACUAGCCCAAUGCUCUGCCAACUGAGCUACGCGGACAGGUCGGUUCGAGUAAGUGAUAUUUCGGAACUGAGUCUAGUUCCUCCGAUAUCAAUGGAAUCUUGUAAUCAUGAUUUUUUUUAUACCAACACAGAAAAAAAACAAUUGUUGCUUUAUUUUAAUUUUACAGGUCAAGGACAAAUGUCUUGGAAAGACGCAAAAUCAAGCUGUCGUCUGCUACAGUUUCCUCUUAGAAACAAUACAUUUUUGAUGAACACAGAAAAUAAGUCGUACUGGUUGCCAAUUCAUAAGAAAGACGCAUGCGAAACUCGUAUGGUUAAAGACCCGACAAAUGUAACGGAGAUAAAGCCUAAAAAAUGUCAUUAUGUUGGACAUUUAAAUGGCAGUUAUGGUGAGCCAGAUUGUAAUCAGAAGAAUUGUGCUAUUUGUGUCAAAUCAGGUACUGUAAGUCCAUUAUCCCCGAGCGCCGUUCCGCGCGUAAGCCCGGGGGGAGGGUACAAAUUUCGCCCUGCCUGUGAAGCAAACAUAUUUUACUAUAUGUUCGAGUAAACUAGUCGGCAAAGCGAGUUUUUCUCUUUCCCCUGCAGUUUUACUAGAAAGCCACAUAACAUAAAACAACAUUCCAGAUUAUGAAAAUCAAUUAUUUUCUCAUAUUAUGUUCACGUUACCAUAGCGACUACUAUUAUUUAAACAUGAAUACUUCAUGUGGAAUUGCUAUACUCCAUCUGUUAAGAAAGGCGAGGGGUUGCUGCAUGUAUGUAUUUCUAGUAUUGUGCAUCUGAACUGCUCGCUCUCGUAUUUUUGACAGGGGUUGUGUGUGUGUUAAAUUGAACGUUGCGUUAUCUAACUAUUAUAAGAGUGACAGGUGGCUUUAAACAUGAUACAGUUCAGUGCACAUGGACGGCAUUUGCACAAAAAAAUCUCAUUAGAAUCUUAUUACCGUGUCUCCAUCGGCUUUUGUGUUAAAGUCUCGCGGGAUUGCUUGAAAGGUCGCCUAUUGUAUAUAAUGGCUAUGAUAAUGGCAGAUAACGCUGACCGUAAUAAAUAAUAGCACUAUUGGCGAAUGUCAAAAUACUUUCCCUGCAAAAUUUACAUGCAUUUUGUGAUUGGUUUUCUGAAACAAAAGUUAUGCAUUUAUGAUUCAUUUUUUAGAAAUAUGACUUCUAUUGUUUAUUGUUUGUUUAUUGUCAUCUAUUGUCAUAAUCAACCAAUCCUAAAUCCUAUUCAUAUAGGCAAGUAUACUGACCCUUUUUGUCUCACUUUAGCUGAAACAAAUUGCUCUGAUCCAUGGCAGCAUUUCAAAGAAUGUCACAACUACAGUACAAACGAAUCCACAGAAAACUGGUGUAAUGCAGGUUACGAAACUAACUUGGUAAAGAUUAAAAAGUUGAGCUUGGGAUAUGUAAGAACUAAAUGCAUAAAUGUCAUGACUUGUAGCCUGAGCUCUAUAUAUACAUACGAAUAUGAACCUUGAUACCAAUGAUACAGGGAAUUUAUCCCCGAGUCACAGGCGAAGCGCGUCGGGCAAAAGUUCGUGCACGCAUGGCGACGGUACUAAUUUCAUCCUCUAUGUUGGCAUGGACGUUGGGUGCUCGUCACAAUGACCUCUUUUAUCAUGUGGUUAUUUCCUUAUGUUUCAUGCACAGUGGGGUUAAGAUUAGGUUUAUUGCUAUAACUUUCAUGUGCGCCUGCAGUGCUAAAGCAGCCAAUCAUAGAAACGAGGCCAUGCGCCAUUGGGUCAAAUGUGCAAUAAUUAUUAUAGUUGCUCUGUAUUUCUAGUAUAUAAUUUUUGAGGUAAAUUAUAGAACCAAACACGUAUUUGAAAAUUGUUAGUUAUACUCUACCGAACAUCAAUGCAAUCGAAACAUAUAGCCUGAUAACAGACCUACGUUUCGCCCGUCCUAAAAUUUGCGGGUCGACGGAAAGGGCGAAACGUAGGUCUGAUGAAAAUGUUGUCAGAAGCGCCUUCCGCCCACUUUGCAUUUUGUGAUGAUGAUUGACACAUUAGAUGUAACGCCUAAAAAUACAAUAAGUUGUCGAUUUCACUUUAUUGAAAGUUUGUAAACAAAGUAGGGUCGAUAUAAGUACGGAUAUAUGAAUAAAUAUUUAAAAUAUUGAUAACCCCGUGCAGUAUGUAGUCUAAACCUUUGUAAGCAAACAGUUACAGCUAGUGAUAAUACAAUAUUUUCAACACAAUCUGCCUACGCAAAUUUGGCAAUGGCCAUGUCCCAUUGUUGAAUUGCAUCCCAACUCUUACAAUUUAUACAUUUUAAAAUCGCCAUACAAUGCUAAAGUCAAAAUAAAAUAUUUUGUACGCGAACGUGCUAUGUUAUCAAAAUAUAAAUCAUGAAUGCGCACAUAUUUGUAUCAGUUUUAUUAUGAUUAAUCACAAAACUUAGAUCGUGUAAAAAUUACUGUAUCGUAUAUUACAACGGAAAGCCACAACGCUGAAGUAUUUGACACGUACUGAUCCACUCCCCUCUAGCUUUAAUUUUAGACGCAAAUACUGAUAGACUAUAGUUGUCGUUCGACAUCACAAAAUAUUUAGAAUAUUACACUGUAAUACGGUGUAAUAUUCUAAAUAUUUUGUACUGUAAUCUAUAUGCCAUAUUAUAGAUAGAUAAAACUUUUAUUUUGAUAGGGUGGUCUCAUCAGACCUUCAUGUUAGCGACCAACCAAUCACAACCCAUUUCCCUGUAAAUUAGCCAAUCAACUUUGUCGACCGCCAGGCGGUCGACUUACAUGUAUUUUCAUCAGACCUACGUUUCGCCCUUUCCGUCGACCCGCUAAUUUUAGGGCGGGCGAAACGUAGGUCUGUUAUCAGGCUAGGAAUGAAACAUACAGCACUUUUGUGUUUUAUACCACUUUAAUGAACAUAGACCUAAGUAUAGUACCUUCGAUACCGAUGUGUUCUUAUGAUCAUAAGAACACAUCGGUACUAGACUUAGUUCCGAAAUACCACACACUCGAACGAUUUGCUCUCGUAGCGCAGUUGGUAGAACAUUGGAUAGUAUCCCAAAGGUCACGGGUUAGAUUUCCACCGUGGUCAGGCAAACUUUCCAGCCUGUCCGGUGUGGAUAUACAUUCAGAGCAACAUCACAAACAUCGGCAUUACUUAUUUUUUAUAACGCUGGAGAAGGAAAUAGUAACUGAUGCGUUGUUGCCAUUCUUUUAGGCUAAGCGGUGUUUCAUUGGUCUUAAACGCUUCAAUAAUUAUACAAAUUUUACAUGGAAUUCUUCGUUUUAUCAAUGGGAUAAGAACGGGUACUGUGUUAUUGCCACGAAACAAGACCAGAAUACAACGUUUAAUUGUACUUGUAAGAAAAAAGGUAAAGGCUAUAUCAAUGUGAAUAUGUUUUGCCGAGUGGCUGUAUUACUACCUGAAAUAAACAAACAGAAAAUGGACGUUUCGAGCGAAGGCCCUUCGUCAAGACUUAUGGAUGUGACAGCAAUGAAUACGUGUCUGCAUGACCAAAUAUAUAAUUUUAUGUUUAUGGUUUGUUAAGUCGUCGAGUAAGAAACUGGUCAUAGUUUAUCAGGGGUGGGUGGGGAGGUGUAAUUCCAAAUUUUAAUGAAUGAUAUCUUGUGACCCUGCUUUUUCAUAACCCGGAAAAAUAAUAAACUCCCCCCCUCCCUCUCUUAUAUGAGAAGAACAAAAUGUGAGAAGGCAUGUAUAAAACAAUUGAUUGAACUAAAACAGCAGACUCCCUCCCCGCCUUCAUAAACUGUCUAAUAUUUUAUGAACCCCCUUUUUGCUGGCUAAAAAAUGUGACCCCCCUCCCCCCACUGUUUCCACCUCCCCACCCCUUCUGCUAAAUUAUGACCAGUCCCUAAGCGCAACAUUUCUAACGUUACCCAUCUCCCUAUUUAAUCCCCCCUCGCCAAAUUAUUAACAGCGAAAAAUAAAUUCAAUAUAUGAGAGCAUUAAUUUUGCGCGUUUCUUAUAUUUUUACGUUUUGGUAAAAUCCUAGUUUCCCUAAAUAGUCCCCCUAUUAUAACAGAGAAUUGUGCAACUUCGUUCUUAGGCUCUUCCCUCUUAUGGAGUCUUGAGGAUUGUCGUGUUUGUCGUAUAUAUAUAUACAUAAAGUGCAUGGUGUAUAUUACUAAUAAUUUGAUUUACACAUAUAUGUAUUAUAACUCGUUCGUUUAUGUAUAGUGUGUGUAUAAUCAGUAUGCUAAAAUUUUCAGCCAAUUUGACAUGUCCCAAUGACUGGAAACUUGCACACAACGGUUUUUGCUGGCGAGUAUUUGGUAAAGUCCAAGUAACGUGGCAGGCUGCUCAUACGUUUUGCUUGCAACACGACAGUCGUCUUGCAAAUUCAACUGAUGUUGAUGUUAUUAAGAAGACACUUUCUUCUUUGAAUGAUGGGAGGCGAUACUGGAUGAAUGGCGCUGAAAUUAAGGCCAACCCUCCUCAAGAUCCGUUACAAGGCUGGUACUGGCUUAAUGGUAGACAAUUUAAUGCUAGUAAUAGACGGGGAUUAUAUGGAGAACUGAGCUACACUGGCAAGGAAGAAAGAUGUGCUGUGAUUCGUGACAGUAAAAAUGCCAUUGGCAUAUGGAAAGACAGUUAUUGUGAUGUACAUCGCCCGUUUAUCUGCAAAAAGAAAGAAUUUAUUAAUAUCACGGUACUUAUUGUUUUCAUGUUUCUAAUUCAU